AACAGCUUUUUCUAGCCGUUGAGAUUGACAAAACAUCCCCACUUUCCUCCUCCUUCUGGAGCCCAAAAAGACAAAACGUUUUGGUCUCAGCCUCGCGCUUUCACCUUCUUGCCGAUCGAUCGACUCUUGCAAGAAGAUUCAAUUUGAGCUUCAGAAACCCAACCAAAAGCUCUGAUCUUUAGCCCCAACCCCAAGUCCUCGGUUUUUUUUUUUCUUUUUUUCUCUUAUCGGAUUUCGUUGGUGGCCGAGUUCCGAGAAGAUGAAGGGAGUGAAGGGGAAGGUCUUGAAGAAGCUCCAGUCGAUCAAGCCCAUCGGGUAUCUCAAGCAGGAUCGCAUCCUUCAUGUGAACGCAGCAGACGGGUACGUUGAGAAUUUUAUCAGAAACGCAAUCUUUAAAUCUCGGGAAGAGCCGAAGCGGAACAUGGCUGAUGAGCGGAAAGAUGUCCCGAUUCAAGAACAGGACAUAAUUGAUGUUGCGGAGCUCAUGAAAGACCUGGAAGAUGAAGAGAUGGAUGCCAUAGAAUAUGAUACAGUCGAGAAAGAAAAUGUUAGUCCUCUGAUUAAUGCCCGGUGCCUGAAAGAGAGAUCAGAAGCUACUGCAGAAGCUGAGCUCGAAAUGUCCCCGAAGAGAUCCUUGGAAGCUCCAAGAUAUCCCGACAAAACCCCCUUGUCAGAGAUCGACAUCUCGAGCUUCCGGAGGCCCGACCUGAACUCCUCCACCCUGUUUGAUCCCAACUUAUUGGCAGCAUUUGAGUUAGCGGUUAAGGAACACGUCCGAAUCAUCGAGGCAGAGAGAAGACCGAGAAGAGUCGAGGCAGAGAAUCUCGAAUUCAACCCUGAUGAGCCGCCCUCCAAAUCCCGGAGAAUCGAAGAGAUUCAAGAGAAUGAGAAUGCCGUCGAUCCCUUGCUGGCGUUUGAAGAGAAGAGCCCACCAGGUGGAAGCAGUUCGGUCAUCUUCUACACAACAAGCCUGAGAGGGAUCAGGAAGACGUUCGAAAACUGCAGUCAGGUUCGAUUCCUGCUGGAGAGCUUCAAGAUCUUGUACGUUGAGAGGGACGUGUCGAUGCAUUCGGAGUUUAAGGAAGAGCUGUGGGCGAUCCUAGGGAACAAGGCGAUCCCGCCAAGGCUAUUUGUAAAGGGGAGGUACAUUGGAGGGGCGGAGGAAGUGGUGAGAUUGCACGAGCAGGGAAGGCUGAAGCCGCUGCUCGAAGGGGUUCAACCGAACCUAUCUCAGGGGCCGUGUGAGGGCUGCGGUGGGAUCAGGUUUGUGCUGUGUUUCAAGUGCAAUGGAAGCCACAGGAUUGUCGCCCAUGAUGCUGAGAGUGGGUUGAGAUCUGUGAAUUGCUCUCAGUGCAAUGAGAAUGGUCUGAUAGUUUGUCCCCUCUGUUGUUGACUGUUGAUGAAGGGAAAAGAAAAAGAACCAGUUUUGUUGCCAACUUCAACUUGCCCUAUCUCUAUCUCAGUUGCAUUUGCUGAUUUGAGUGUGUUGAUAUCAAACCGAAUCCAGUUGUAUAUUCGCUCUGGUCCUUGUCAUUCGAGGAUGUGCCUCUCGGCUCAGGAGUCGGGCGAUCUUUGGCAAAGAAUAUCUGGAAUAUUGAUGGUCAUUGGCCAUGACUUUGGCAUUGUUGUGCUUCCUGUGAGCAGCAUAAUUCAUUUAUUUGUACAUUUUGAACUUCAUAAUAGAAACGAAA